AACUAUAAACUGAAUUAAAUGUAUGGAUCAUUGACGAAUUAACAAUCAAUCAAUCAAUCGAUUACAUCAUCAUCAUCAACAUUACCAUUUGUUUAUUAUAGUGAUAUUUAAUUUUAUAGGGAUCAUCAAUCAAUCAAUCAAUCAUGCCAUUAUUCGGUAAAUCAACGAAAAGUCCAUUCGAAUUGAUAAAAAGUCUACAAGAAGCAUUGUUAGCGUUGGAAAAAGGUGAUAAAAAAGCGGAAAAAGCACAGGAAGAUAUAUCGAAAAAUUUAUUGCUCAUUAAAAAUAUGUUAUAUGGUACGGGUGAUACUGAACCACAAACCGAUAUUGGUGUUGCACAAUUAUCGCAAGAAUUAUAUAAUACAAAUCUAUUGUUACAAUUGAUUAAUAAUCUUAGCCGAAUUGAAUUUGAAGCAAAAAAAGAUGUUGCACAAAUAUUCAAUAAUAUAUUACGGCGACAAAUCGGUACCCGUUCACCAACCGUAGAGUAUAUGUGUACUAAAUCGGAUAUAUUGUUUACAUUGAUGCGUGGCUAUGAAAAACAUGAUAUUGCAUUACAUUGUGGUUCAAUGUUACGUGAAUGUGCCCGUUAUGAAGCAUUAGCUAAAAUAAUGUUAUAUUCGAAUGAUUUUUAUAAUUUUUUUAAUUAUGUUGAAGUUUCAACAUUUGACAUUGCAUCGGAUGCCUUUUCAACAUUCAAAGAAUUGCUGACUAGACAUAAAACAUUAUCGGCCGAAUUUCUUGAUACUAAUUAUGAACGUUUUUUUACCUGUUAUGAAAAAUUAUUGAAUUCAGAAAACUAUGUAACAAAACGACAGUCAUUAAAAUUAUUAGGUGAACUAUUAUUGGAUCGUCAUAAUUUUACUAUAAUGACAAGAUAUAUUAGUUCACAGGAUAACCUUAAAUUGAUGAUGACAAUGCUAAAAAAUCGUAGCCGUAAUAUACAAUUUGAAGCAUUUCAUGUAUUCAAAGUAUUUGUUGCCAAUCCGAAUAAACCGAAACCUAUUCUUGACAUUCUUCUGCGUAAUAAAGAUAAACUUAUUGAUUUUCUAACGAAAUUUCAAACCGAUCGUGCCGAUGAUGAACAAUUUAAUGAAGAAAAAGCCUAUCUUAUUAAACAGAUUCGUGAUUUAAAACCGAUUGAAGAAUCAAAUUAAUGUUAAUCGCUGGUUUGUUUUUUUUGUUUAAUGUUUGGGUUAACUAACUAUCGCGUAUUACUUGUAGACGAAAAUCGAAUGUCAUCAUCAUUUUCAUUCAUUCAAUUCAUUCAUAAUCCAGCCAAACUGAAGAAAUGGAUGGGUAUAGGUUGUUGUUUUGUUUUGGCCAACGAAUCUGUUCUGUGCAUUGUUUUUGCUAAUUAAUUAAUAUUAUUUUUUUUCCAUUAUCAUCCAUCAUCAUCAUAUUACAUGUGCACACUUUUUAUUAUUAUU